CGGAGUCGACAAUAACAAACCCCGCCGCGGCUGUGUCCGCGGGCCUGGCGAGACUUCGGCUCUGUCUCGGGGUCCCUGGGUCGUCCCGGCCCCUCGGCUCUGACAGGCCGCGGCCCCUCGUCCUCCGGCCCCCGACGCAGAGCCGAGGGGCCUAGGCAGGUCUAAGAAGACCGAAAACGCCGACCCCUCCCUGCUGCCCGGAGUUUGGGGCCGCGGCGGGCGGGCGCCCGGGACGCUGGCGUUUGUGUCUGUCGCUGGGUGUCGGAUGGGCGGUCGGUCGGUAGCCGCCGUCUAGGACGAGGCGGCGGCGGAAGAUGUUGCCGGGGGCCGACGGCUCUGCUCUUGCCGCCGGUGGAGGAGGAGGCGCUGCCGGUUCUCUUACUUUAACCGUGAAUACCAUUCAGUUGCUAACUUCAAGCAAAGCAAACACAAACCAGUUUUAAUUGGCUGUUUAAGGAAAAGUGGUAGUCCUUAUCACAGUGCCUGACGUAACCGUAUCAGAGGGUGAGAUAUUCGCUCACAGAAUUCAGAGAGACAUCAUGAAGUUAUAUGUGUUUCUGGUUAACACUGGAACUACUCUAACAUUUGACACUGAACUUACUGUGCAAACUGUGGCAGACCUUAAACAUGCCAUUCAAAGCAAAUACAAGAUUGCAAUUCAGCACCAGGUGCUGGUGGUCAAUGGAGGAGAGUGCAUGGCUGCAGAUCGGAGGGUGUGCACCUAUAGUGCUGGAACGGACACAAAUCCAAUUUUUCUUUUUAACAAAGAAAUGAUCUUAUGUGAUCGUGCACCUGCUAUUCCUAAAGCUACUUUUUCAACAGAAAAUGAUAUGGAGUUAAAAGUUGAAGAGUCUCUUAUGAUGCCUGCAGUUUUUCACACUGUUGCUUCAAGGACACAACUUGCAGUGGAAAUGUAUGAAGUUGCCAAGAAACUUUGUUCUUUUUGUGAGGGGCUUGUCCAUGAUGAACAUCUUCAACAUCAAGGCUGGGCUGCAAUCAUGGCCAAUCUGGAAGACUGUACCAAUUCAUACCAAAAGCUACUUUCCAAGUUUGAAAGUAUUUAUUCAAAUUAUCUGAAAUCAAUAGAAGACAUCAAGUUAAAACUUACUCAUUUAGGAACUGCUGUUUCAGUAAUGGCCAAGAUUCCACUGUUGGAGUGCCUAACCAGACAUAGUUACAGGGAAUGUUUAGGAAGGUUGGAUUCCUUACCAGAACAUGACGACUCAGAGAAGGCGGAGAUGAAAAGAUCGACUGAACUGGUGCUGUCUGCUGAUAUGCCUAACAAAUCCUCUUUAACCUCAUUUCACAAGUCAGUGGAGCAUGUAUCUGCGGAUACCACAGAUGCUGAAAGUGGCAAAGAAAUUAAGGAAUCAUGUCAAAGUACCAUCCAGCAGGAGGAAACAUCAACAGAUGCCAGAGACAGUGAUCUGCCUUACUUUAAUGUCUCAUUGUUAGACUGGAUAAAUGUUCAAGAUAGACCUAAUGAUGUGGAAUCUUUGGUCAGAAAGUGCUUUGAUUCUAUGAGUAGGCUUGAUCCAAGAAUUAUUCGACCAUUUAUAACAGAAUGCCAUCAAACUAUUGCCAAACUUGAUAAUCAGAACAUGAAAGCUAUUAAAGGGCUUGAAGAUCGGCUGUAUGCCCUGGACCAGAUGAUCGCCAGCUGUGGCCGACUUGUUAACGAGCAGAAAGAACUUGCUCAGGGAUUUUUAGCUAAUCAGAUGAGAGCAGAGAACUUGAAGGAUGCGUCUGUUUUACCUGAUUUGUGCCUGAGUCAUGCAAAUCAGUUGAUGAUUAUGUUGCAAAAUCAUAGAAAACUGUUGGAUAUUAAACAGAAGUGUACCACUGCCAAACAAGAACUAGCAAAUAAUCUACAUGUUAGACUGAAGUGGUGUUGUUUUGUAAUGCUUCAUGCUGAUCAGGAUGGAGAGAAAUUACAAGCCUUGCUCCGCCUUGUAAUAGAGCUAUUAGAAAGAGUCAAAAUUGUGGAAGCCCUCAGUACAGUUCCUCAGAUGUACUGCUUGGCUGUUGUUGAGGUUGUAAGGAGAAAAAUGUUCAUAAAACACUACAGAGAGUGGGCUGGUGCUUUAGUCAAAGAUGGAAAACAAUUAUAUGAAGCUGAAAAGUCAAAAAGGGAAUCCUUUGGGAAGGUAUUUAGGAAAUCUUUUUUAAGAAAUCGCCUGUUUAGGGGACUGGACUCCUGGCCUCCUUCCUUUUGUACUCAAAAACCUCGAAAGUUUGACUGUGAACUUCCAGAUAUUUCAUUAAAAGAUUUACAGUUUCUUCAAUCAUUUUGUCCUUCGGAAGUUCAGCCUCUGCUCAGGGUUCCCUUACUUUGUGACUUUGAACCUCUGCACCAGCAUGUACUCGCUCUACAUAAUUUGGUAAAGGCAGCACAAAGUUUGGAUGAAAUGUCACAGACCAUUACAGAUCUGCUCAAUGAACAAAAGGCAUCUGUAAGUCAGGCCUCCCCACAGUCUACUUCAUCACCAAGGAUAGAAAGUGCAACAGGAAUGACAGCUACUACCUCACCAAGAACUCCUCCCCCACUCACUGUUCAGGAUCCUUUGUGUCCUACAGUAUGUCCCUUGGAAGAAUUAUCUCCAGAUAGCAUUGAUGCACAUACAUUUGAUUUUGAAACUAUUCCCCAUCCAAAUAUAGAACAAACUAUUCAUCAAGUUUCUUUAGAUUUGGAUUCAUUAGCAGAAAGUCCAGAAUCAGAUUUUAUGUCUGCUGUGAAUGAAUUUGUAAUAGAAGAAAAUUUAUCGUCUCCGAAUCCUAUAAGUGAUCCACAGAGCCCAGAAAUGAUGGUGGAGUCACUUUAUUCAUCAGUUAUCAAUGCAAUAGACAGUAGACGCAUGCAGGAUACAAAUACUUGCAAAGAAAAUUUUGGAGAUUGUGCUUCUCUAAAUGUCCAAUUAGAAAAAUGUAGAGUUGUUGCCCAUGACUCUCAUUUCAGUAUACAAAGCAUCAAGGAAGACCUUUGUCAUUUCAGAACUUUUGUACAAAAAGAACAGUGUGACUUCUCAAAUUCUUUAAAAUGUACAGCAGUGGAAAUAAGAAACAUUAUUGAAAAAGUAAAAUAUUCCCUAGAAAUAACACUAAAAGAGAAACAUCAAAAAGAACUUCAGUCCUUAAAAAAUGAAUAUGAAAGUAAACUUGAUGCACUAAUAAAGGAGAGUGAAGAAAAUGAAAUCAAAAUUAAAAAAUUGAAAGGAGACUUAGCAUGUCUUGAGGAGGUUUUACAAAAUAAAGAUAAUGAAUUUGCUUUAGUUAAACAAGAAAAAGAAGCUGUGGUCUGCCUGCAUAAUGAAAAAGAUCAGAAGUUGUUAGAGAUGGAAAAUUUAAUGCAUACUCAAAAUUGUGAAAUUGCAGAACUGAAACACUCUAGACAAAUAGCAUUAGAAGAUUUAAAGAAGCUCCAUGUUGAAAACGAUGAGAAGAUACAGUUACUAAGGGAAGAACUUCAGUCCUUAGAGCAAAGGCAUCUGAAGGAACUAGAGGAUACACUGCACGUCAGGCACACACGGGAGUUUGAGAAAAUUAUGGAAGACCACAACGUUUCUGUGGAGAAAUUGAAAAAGGAAAACCAACAACAAAUGGAGCAGUUACAAGCAUCUCAUGCUGCCAUGGUCCAGGAGAAGGAAGAACAGCUGCAGGAGUUAAAACACAAAGUUUCUGACUUGUCAGACAUGAGAUGCAAGUUAGAAGUUGAACUUGCAUUGAAAGAAGCAGAAACUGAUGAAGUCAAGCUUUUGUUGGAAGAAAGCAGAACCCAGCAGAAGGAGACCUUGAAAUCUCUACUUGAAAAGGAAACAGAAAAUUUGAGAACAGAAAUAAGUGAGUUAAACCAAAAGAUUCAGGAUAAUAAUGAAAAUUAUCAGGUCGGCCUAGUAGAGUUAAGGACUUUAAUGGCAGUUGAAAAAGAUCAUUGCAUUUCAGAGUUGAUUAGUAGACAUGAACAGGAAUGUAAUGCACUGAAAGCUGAAUUAAACAAAGUAACAUCUUUGCAUCACCAAGCAUUUGAGAUGGAACAAAACCUAAAAGAACAAAUAGUUGAAAUGCAGACUAGACUGGACUCAGAAUUGAGUGCUCUUGAAAAACAGAAAGAUGAAAAAAUCAGUCAACAAGAAGAGAAAUAUCAAGCUAUUAUACAGCACCUUGAGAAAGACAAAGAGGAAUUGGUUGUGCGCGGUGAACAAGAUAAAGAACAGUUAAUUGAGAAACUUACUUGUGAAAAAGAUGAAGCCGUUCAAACUGCACUAAAAGAAUUCAAAUUGGAGAGAGAUGUUGUUGAGAAAGAGUUAUUAGAAAAAAUUAAGCACCUUGAGGAUCAAAUAGCAAAAAGUUCUGCCACUGAGUCCAUCAGGGAAGAUUCUUCAAGCUUAGUUGCUGAACUUCAGGAAAAACUACAGGAAGAAAAAGCUAAGUUUCUAGAACAGCUUGAAGAGCAAGAAAAAAGAAAGAACGAAGAAAUGCAAAAUGUUCGAACAUCUUUGAUUGCAGAGCAGCAGACAAACUUUAACACUGUUUUAACAAGAGAGAAAAUGAGAAAAGAGAAUAUAAUAAAUGAUCUUAGUGAUAAGUUGAAAAGCACAAUGCAGCAACAAGAACGGGACAAAGAUUUGAUAGAAUCACUUUCUGAAGAUCGAGCACGGUUGCUUGAGGAAAAGAAAAAGCUUGAGGAAGAAGUUAGUAAGUUGCGUAGUAGCAGUUUUGUUCCUUCACCAUAUGUACCUGCAGCCCCAGAACUUUAUGGAGCUUGUGCACCUGAGCUCCCAGGUGAAGCAGACAGACUGGCCAUGGAAACAGAAGAGGGAAGAGUGGAUUCAGCAAUGGAGACAAGUAUGAUGUCUGUACAAGAAAAUAUCCAAACGUUGUCUGAAGAAAAGCAGAGAAUAAUGCUGUUAGAACGUACAUUGCAGUUAAAGGAAGAAGAAAAUAAACGGUUAAAUCAAAGACUGAUGUCUCAGAGCAUGUCUUCCGUAUCUUCAAGGCAUUCUGAAAAGAUAGCCAUAAGAGAUUUUCAGGUGGGAGAUUUGGUACUCAUCAUCCUGGAUGAACGCCACGACAAUUAUGUUUUGUUUACUGUCAGUCCUACUUUAUAUUUCCUGCACUCGGAGUCUCUACCUGCCCUGGAUCUCAAACCAGGUGAGGGUGCUUCAGGUACAUCUAGAAGACCGUGGGUGCUUGGAAAAGUAAUGGAAAAGGAAUAUUGUCAAGCCAAAAAGGCACAAAAUAGAUUUAAAGUUCCUUUGGGAACAAAGUUUUACCGAGUGAAAGCUGUAUCAUGGAAUAAGAAAGUAUAACUUUUUGGAAGAAAUUAAUAUAUGUACUAUGACGUUUUCUGAUUUGUCCAACAGUGCUCAUUAAUCACUCCAAACACAGCAGGCCAUCUUUUUAUACAGAAGUCAACUGACAUGAUACUUCGUUGGUGUACAUCAUUUCUUUUUAACUGGCUGCACUAUAGGAACAAUAAAUUCAUCAAAGCCCUUGCCUGAAUUACAGUGGUUUUGUUUCUGCUUUUUUUUAAAACCCAGGUAACUCUAGUCUUGCGGACCAAAUUAGCUCCUUUUCUCAAAGGGCAUCCCUUGUGCAUUAUGGCUCCAUGAUUAGCCAUAUUAAUUGCCUGUCAAAUAUACAUGAGCUUGAAGUUAGGUGUUAAAUGUUAGUUGUUAUUAUUACCAGCAUUUGUCCUUUUGUGAAAUCAGUAUCAUAAUACUUGCACUCAUUAACACAUUCUUUAUAAAAUGUAUAAAUUCUUCAGUACUAUUUAAAGAGGAGUGUUACUGCAUGCAGAUAAUCAUAAUUUUGAGUUUGCGUCAGUAGAUGACUAAAGCAAAUUCUUUCAGUUAUUUUUUUAAAUGCCCUUUGAUAUUUCAACAAGGAAAAAACUCUAAUUUGACUGACUGAUUUUAAGAUCAGCCAUAAAUUAUCAGCAAUCUUCAAAAGCACUUUCAAGAGACAUCAUCUGGGUUCUAAAGGGAAGAGUCUGUGCUGUUGACUGUUUGAAAUGCCACACUGAAACCUUCCCUACAUCUUUGACUGUGUUUAGAAUAAUCACAUUGAUGAAAUCAUAAUUCAUGGUUGAAUUUCAGAAAAAAUGUUCAUUGUACAUUAACCGUUUAGAGGUCAUUUAAAUAACAAAGUAUUGUAUUGUAAAAGAUCUGAACAAUUUUAAAACAAUAAAGAUUUGAACCUGUAAA